CGGAGCCAGAACUGAUCCGAGGCUCGGGAGUCGGACCCGCGCGUCGGAGCCGUGCGUAAAAGCGCGUCCGCCCGCCGGACAGGAAGUGCACUGACUAUUAUUGAACCCCAUCCCUCAUCUGAGCGCCCGAGCUGACUGGACGGCAGCCAAUCCCCCGCGGGAGGUUCAGCUCGCCUCGUCAAAGCGUGAUCCCCCCCUCCAUCAUAAUUACUCUGACAUGCGCAAUCUGCAGGCGCGCGCCCGGACCAGCCGCCCAGCGCGUAUUUCACGGAUAACGGGGUCCAGUCGCAGCUGGUGGAUGAGUGUGCGGGAGCAGCGAGCACAUCAGCCACAUGUCCCGCCGCAAACAAGCCAAGCCGCAGCCGCUGCGGGAGCGCGGACCCGCGGCCGGGAGCGGGAGCGCGCCGCGCUGCGCGGACGGUGUUGAGUACGUGCCCGAGAGGGAGGACGGGGCCGGAGGCCGCCGCUGCAGGGACGAGACGCUCAUCUGCCACAGAUGCUGCGCCCAGUUCUCGGCGUGGACCGACCUGAGCGAGCAUCAGAAGUCCUGCAGGGACGACGCCCCGGUGCUGGUCGUCAGGAACGACGGUGAGGAGGGGGAGGAGUCUCCCGCCGGGCCUUCGCCGGUCCCCGGCACGCCGUCCAGCGAGUCGUCCACGGACGCCGGGUUCGAGCUGGGAGAGACGCACGACCACGACAGCGUGGACCCUCAUGAGGAGGGCUGGGACGACGCCAUGGAGCUGGAGCGUUGCCCAGGCGACCGAUGCAGCGCCGCGUCCAGCACCAACGUGACCCUGGAGAUCCUGCACAGCACCCGGGUGGCGGUGGCCCAAUUCUCCCAGGGCGUCGGUGGUACCGGCCCGGGGGGGAAGGCGGCCACCGCCGCCAUCCCGGUCAUCAUGGAGCACCUGCUGGCGCUGCAGCAGCAGCAGGUGCGCCAGCUGCAGCUCAUCCAGCACAUCUGCAGCCAGGUUGCCGUCAUGAACCGGCAGCCCUCGCAGGCGGCCCUGAACCCGGCGCCCCGGUCUCUGGGUCCGAGCCUGCUCCCCCCGCCCUCGGUGUCCAAUGGGCAGGACGCUGCAUCUCUGACCUCGGUGUCGGAGGACUCGUCGCCCCCCGUCUCCACGUUGCUGCCCCCGUACCCGGCCUCCCGCGGCGGUGGUCGUGACGCCACUCCGAGCCCGUCCAGCCCGCUGCCGCCGGCCCAGACCGGCCUCCUCCCCCCCUCCGCCGCCAACCUGCCGUUUCUACCUCACAGCCCCCCCGGCGGCGUCAUCUUCCCCAACCCUCUGGCGAGCAUCGCGGCCACGGCCAACUCCCUGGACCCACUCGCCGCCCUGAUGAGGCACGGGAAGGACAAGCCGCCCGUGGCGCCAUUCGAGCCCAGGCCCCUCCCGGACGAGCCCUUCUUCAAGCACAAGUGCCGCUUCUGCGCCAAGGUGUUCGGCAGCGACAGCGCGCUGCAGAUCCACCUGCGCUCCCACACCGGCGAGCGGCCCUUCAAGUGCAACAUCUGCGGCAACCGCUUCUCCACCAAGGGGAACCUGAAGGUGCACUUCCAGAGGCACCGGGACCGAUACCCCCACGUGCAGAUGAACCCCUUCCCCGUGCCGGAGUACCUGGACAACGUGCCGACCGGUUCUGGGAUUCCCUACGGGAUGUCCAUCCCCCCGGAGAAGCCCGCGUCCUCGUGGCUGGACAGCAAGCCGGUCGUGGCGACUCUCCCCGCCGGCAUCAGCCCUCCUCCUCCACCCUCUGGUGCCGGCCCGGUGGGGUCAGGAGACCCGGGUGAAGGUGCGUCUCCGUCGCCCGUUUCCGAGUCUCCACGGCCUCAUCGAGGGACAGAGGGAGCCGCCAGCAGCCCCGAACCCCACCUGUCGGCAUCGCCCGCCUCCAGCGCCUCCCCCCUCCCGGACUGGGCGGAUCCGCACCCCCCGUCGGGCGGCCCGCCGGACUACAUGCAGGCGUCCGAGACGUCAAAGCUGCAGCAGCUGGUGGAGAACAUCGACAGGAAGGUGUCGGACCCCAACCGGUGCGUCCUGUGCCGCCGCGUCCUCAGCUGCCAGAGCGCCCUGCGGAUGCACUACCGCACCCACACCGGCGAGCGGCCCUUCAGGUGCAGGGUGUGCGGCCGCGCCUUCACCACCAAGGGGAACCUGAAGACCCACGUCGGCGUCCACCGGGAGACGAUCCCCCCGGCUCGGGUACAGCACUCGUGCCCCAUCUGCCAGGAGAGGUUCACCAACGCCGUCGUCCUGCAGCAGCACAUCCGCCUGCACAUCGCCGGGCGGAUCUCAGACGCUGCCGCCACCGCGGUGGUUGACAUGGACGCCGACAACAACCUCGACAGCCUCAGCAGCAAUGAGCUGAGCGAUGACACUUCCAUGGAGGAAGAGGAGGAGCAGGUGGAAGACAUGGAGACAUCCAAACCCUUCAUCCCUCAUGGCAGCUCUCCUCCGAGCCCCGUGGCCUCGAGUAUUGCCGCUCUGGAGAACCAGAUGAGGAUGAUGGAGUCCACCUCCAUCUUCCCUGUCAAACCCCUGACGGACAGAUGUUCGGAAAACCACCGGCUCAAUGGCGACGGCAUUUCCUCGGAAGGAAAGGUGGAGAACUUCGGGGAAAUCAGCCCACGUUUGUCCGACUUCCCCGUCUCGUGUCCCACUCAGAGCUCCGAAGGCACAGCGGUGAAAUCGUCAGAAUCCCAGGAGCCUCCGGCCGUGAAAACGGAGACGUCCGAGUCUCCGACUUCACCAGUACAGGAUCCACGACCGGUGCUGUCCAGCCUGUGCGUGAAGGAAGAGAGUCCAUACAGCGUGACCUUCCAGCUGAACCAGGAGAGGGCUGGAGGUCAGAGCCUCCCCGACCUCGGCACUGGCGCCUCGCCAGGCGGCGUCAAAGCGGAGGUCAACGGUCAGCAGAGGCGGCCGCCUCCCCUCAGCAUCCACAUCACCGCGGCCUACCCGGCGGCCGGCGGCGCCGUCGUUAACUCCCUGCUGGGCCCGGCGCCGCCACGCCGGACGCCAAAGCAGCACAACUGCAACGUCUGCGGGAAGAACUUCUCGUCGGCCAGCGCCCUGCAGAUCCACGAGCGAACGCACACCGGCGAGAAGCCAUUCGUCUGCGCCGUCUGCGGCAGGGCGUUCACCACGAAGGGCAAUCUGAAGGUCCAUAUGGGGACUCACAUGUGGAACAACGCGCCGGCCAGGAGGGGCCGGCGGCUGUCGGUGGAGAACCCCAUGGCCCUGCUGGGCGGAGAGGCGGUGAAGUUCGGGGAGAUGUUCCAGAAGGACCUGGCGGCCCGGGCGAUGAACGUGGACCCGGGAUUCUGGAACCGCUACGCGGCUGCAAUCAGCAACAGCCUGGCCAUGAAGAACAACGAGAUCUCGGUGAUCCAGAACCGAGGCGUCGCUCCGCUGCACCCGCUAAGCGUGGCCAUGGACAGAGUCGGCGGCGGCGGCGCCUCUGGGCCCUUAACCGGGCUCACCAAGACCGGCAUGGACCUGGGGAGUAACAGACAUUUUUCAAUGCUGAUUGAAGACAGCAAAGAAAUAGGAAUCAAUUGAACAGAAAAGCUGAAUGUGGAUGGAAUUCUUAUGCAAAUUAUUAAAGACAUUAAAAUAUUUGUAAAACCUCUUGUUUUUUCUUGUACAUGGACUUUAAAACAGAACUUUUUAUCAGACAAAGAACGGUAGAAUACUCCCAUUUUACAGCCAUGUUUCGAUGUAUGGUCCUCUGAACAUGGAGCAUUCGCUCCGAUCAAUAAUGCAGAGUUUAUUUUCUCCUCGGAGAGAGGUGCGCUAGCACAAUGACGACGCAACCAGCUCACACAUUCCCACAAAAUGAAUCGUAAAGACCCGUUUCCAGUGUUUUCAUGAGAAAAUGUCGUCCGUAAACGCAGUAUUCACUUGGACUGAAUAAACACCUGUAUUUUCAGUUUUAUACUGUUGUCUCAUUUUGAAUUGAUUUGAUUUUCAUUGAGUAUCACUUUGUUAAUCCCCGAGGGAAACUAUGUUGUUGCAGUAUGAGUCACUGAGGAG